GAGGACCUAAAAGAGUCUCGGAGAAAGCAUGUCCAGGUCAGAUUUUCCGCCCGGUUACGAUGACUCGCGGGCCCCGCUCUAUGGCUCCGGGGGGCACCCCGCCAACCCCCCUCCAUCCUAUGGCUUUCCCCCUUACGGAGGCCAGCCCCAACCCCAGCCACCUGGUUACUAUGGUCCCCCCCAGCCAGGUUACCCUGGACAGCCUGGAGGAUACCCCGGACAGCCUGGAGGUUACCCCGGACAGCCUGGAGGAUACCCCCCACCAGCCAUGCCACCCAUGCCACCCAUAAUUCCUCCAACCAUACCUGUCUCUCACAACGAUUCAGGUGAUGGUGAGGGUUUCGCUGCGGAGAGCGGCUGGGACAGCAUGAGCGUUCGACAGGCGUUCAUCCGUAAAGUUUACAUGAUUCUGGCCUCUCAACUUCUUGUCACCUUUGGCAUUGUAGCUGUUUUCACAUUUGUGGAACCUGUUAAAGAGUUUGUUGCCAAGAAUCCAGCCAUCUACUGGGCCUCUUAUGCCGUGUACUUUGUCACACACAUCGUACUUGUCUGCUGCAGCGGCCCAAGGAGGCGUUACCCAUGGAAUCUCAUUCUGUUGGCCAUUUUUACGUUGGCAAUGUCAUACAUGACUGGUACAAUAUCCAGUUACUAUGAUACAAAGGCAGUGUUUCUGGCAUUUGGGAUUACGUUUGUGGUGUGCCUUGCGGUGAGCGCCUUCAGUUUCCAGACGAAGGUGGAUUUCACCAAGUGCAAGGGUCUGUUCUGUGUCCUCGGCAUUGUCAUCUUUGUCACCGGAAUUAUAACCGUCAUUGUGCUCUCCUUCAAAUACAUUCCAUGGCUUCACAUGCUGUAUGCUGCAAUUGGAGCUAUUGUGUUCACACUUUUCUUGGCUUACCACACCCAACUCCUUAUUGGUAACAAAAAGUAUUCCAUCAGCCCGGAGGAAUACGUGUUCGGAGCGCUGACCAUCUACGUCGACAUCAUCCAGAUCUUCCUCUUUAUACUGCAACUUAUUGGCGCUUCGUCAAAAUAAGAGUCCCAAAGACACACGGAAGGAGCUUUUGAAUUUGUCGAUGUCGUUAAGUUCUUGUAUGCCGUGCACUUUGCCUUAAUCUUAGUCUUGGUCUUCACACACAAAAAAAGAAUAUCUACUAAAAAUCGUGCUGAUGUAAAUCAUCCGAAACAAAAAAAAAGUCUUGCCUAUUUGUGUUAAAUUAGUCUGGGUUAAGAGUUCAGUAUACUUUUGAAAUAAAAGUUAACAUAUCAAAUCAAUAUCUCAGUUAGACAGAUGGAGAACAGGUGUGAUUCCAUUAGAUUGUAAGCUUCUAAUGCUUCAGUGUGUUUGGCAGUGGAAUGAAGUUGAUCUGUGUGAGAACCAAACCGAAAAACCAAAGUUUCUAAGGUCAAAUACUCAUCAUCCAAAACUGGAUGCAAGGAGUUAUGUGUAUCAAAAUCAAAUCAGUUACUUGCACAUAUCCUAGUGUUAUGCUAGUCAUUUUAAGUGGAUAAUCGUGAUUGUAUGGUCAUGUAAUGUCCAAAGAUUUAUAGAUAACAAACAGCUAGAGGUACCCAAUAAAGUAUGGUUGUGAUCUGAAAGAAAAACAUAUAUUUUUUUAUACUUACUGUAAUUCUUAUUCGAUAAAGAAUUAUUACACCUUUGAUGCACUAUUUUUCUUAUGAUUAGUACCAUAUUGUAUGGGUUGAAAUGUUUGUGUUUUAUGAUGGGAAAUGUUUAUUUUUUGGAAAAACAAAUUCUUAGAGUAGGUAGUAAUGAAACAUGAUGUCAUGAUUAUGUGCUAAAACUUUACCAUAUCUAUGGCUAAAGACAAAUACAGGUUUAGU